CUCUUGCCGAGGUUCCGGGUGAAUCUCGGUAUCUUUCCAGGUCACGGUGGGCGUGGCUUGUCGGGCUUGCUCUUUGAAGCGUGUCGGGUCUUUUCGAAAGUAAAAGUAAUAACUGAAUAACGUCGUGUGAACUGAUGUGGUAAUGAAUAUGUGCGUGGCCCUGGAUGGGAAGAGACCUUCUUACUCCACAUUCAAACACGUUUCUUUCCCCAGUCUUUUGUCCCCAACGAGGCACACCUGCUGCUAAUCACUUCCCGGUAGCGUUUAAGCGCGUCUCCACCAGCUGGUCCCCGCCGGUUAUUGUUCCUGAACUCCGCUCUGACAAGUGCUACCUUGAUCCUGCUUCCCUGCGGGAGCCUGGAUGUUCAUGGCGACAGAAUGACGUGGAGGUUCGCCCCCUACCUGUGUCUCAUUGUGUUUUCCAGCCUGAUUGAUUUGUCAAAAGGGAACUGUAAGGAAUACUUUACAGUGAAAGUAUGGGAAAACCAAAUUGAAGUGGAAAUGGUGGACCUUGUGAUCCCAAGGAACGUCACGGACGUGGCAGAGUGCACGUUUGAGAGAUACUGUCUGCAGAAUAAAUUAUCUUCAUGCAAUGUGCUGAAAGACUGCUUCAAAAGAGAUUCAGGAAAAACUGAAAAGUGCACACCUGUGCGGAACGCCAGCGUCCAUAGGCACCACUUAAUGUGCCUGGUUGCCAGAGCCGUGAACUCCAAUAUGUCAAUAAAGGGCUGUGAAUAUGAAAGUGUUUGUGCAUUAUUUGGAUCCACGGUGCCUGUGACAACGCCGCCUGUGACAACGCCGCCUGUGACAACGCCGCCUGUGACAACGCCGCCUGUGACAACGCCGUCAACGACGACAACGACGACAACGACGACAACCCCACUGGCACCAUCACUGUCCCAAAAGGAAAGUGUUCAAAAUAAAGAAAGUAAAAGCAGCUACGUUGCCACCCUGGAAGUACUGUUGGGGAUCUCUUCAAUUUUUGCCCUGGUGCUGCCUGUGGCCGUAUACUUUUACAUGCGUCGUCAGACGAGGCAGUUGGACUCGCCACCGGCAAAUUCCCAGUCGCCCUGGGAAAACGUAGAGCUAUUGCAGCUACAGUAGGCCCACGGUUCCUGUAUCGACAUGCAUGAAGGUCAGCCUCGGGGACUACGCUUCAUUGGCUGUGAGACCUUCGGCGGGAGGACAAAGUCGCUUUGUCCCGCUUGAAGGGGAGUGGAGCGAUGGAACAAGCGCCAUCAUGCCUGUGAAACAAGAAAUAUCCACUCCAUAUAUGACAGUCGUAUAGGCCUCAAAGAAUUAUGGAUUUUGUUAUUGUUCUCACUCACAUUGUUUGUCAGGUGUUGCACUGUUUUUACGCUUUACUGCACAGGAUGCCCAUUCAACUAUGAGGAAUUCACUGCAAUUAUGCAUUUAAUUCUAAUUCAAUGAGCUAAUAUUACUAGUUAUGUACCAUACAUGCAUACCUAGCCGCUUCCUGCUCCAUCAUUGAUUAGAACACAGUGACCAGGUUAGGUUCUGUUGGUCUUGAACCGCAAGAUGCAGAGAUGGCAGGCGUAGCACCGAUAAACAUGACUUUAAUGUCAAUAAGGAAAUAGUGCAAAUGGUAUGUGCACAUGCAGGAACAGGAAACAAUCUUCGAGCCCUGACUGGAGGGCGAGGCAGGCAUAAAUACUGUAUUUUUCGGACUAUAAGUUGCAGUUUUUUUCAUAGUUUGGCCGGGGGUGUGAAAUUAUUAACACAUUAUCGUAAAAUAUCAAAUAAUAUUAUUUAGCUCAUUCACGUAAGAGACUAGACCAGGGGUCGGCAACCUUUACCACUCAAAGAGACAUUUUGAAAAGUUUCAUAAAUUAAAGAAAACAAUGGGAGCCACAAAAAAAUUUUGAAAAUUUAAAAUGAAAAACACCGCAUACAAAGCUUAAAUUGCUUUGCGCUAUGUUAACCAAGGGUCUCUGACAUACGCACCGGCACGCACUUUAAUAUGGAAAUUUGAUGUUAGUGCGGCCCGCGAAUUUUAAUUGAAUGGCGCUUGAUAGCGUCUUUCUUGCCAAUCCUCCCAAUUUUCCGGGAGACUCCCAAAUAUCAGGACGUGCUGGCACUGCUUUUAGUGCCCUCUACAGUCUGCCCAAACAGCGUACCUGCUUGGCCACAUGCAGA